AUGACCGCUGAUACCACAGCAGCAACAGCUGCAGGUUCUUAUGGUGUUGACGCUGCAACAGUAACAGCCAUUGAAAAAUCCUUGCUUGGAUUACAAACUUUAUCGGCUUCUGAUUUCAAUACAGCAUUAGUAUCGGCUGUUUCUAUUUAUGUUCGCAAUUUUUUGUCAGUAGAGAAAAAUAACAUUUUUUGUGAUCAAGGUUGCUUUUGCCAGAGGAGGCCAUUUUUGGAUCUUAAAUUUAGCGAUCGUAUUCUCAGAGGAGUGAUAUUUUUCUUUGUUAUUGCGUACAGUUUCUUAGGUGUCUCAAUUGUUGCCGAUCGUUUUAUGUCGUCAAUCGAAGUAAUUACCAGUAUGGAACGAACAGUAACUGUAAAACGACCGGGUUUGGAACCAAUGAAAGUUAAAGUUCGGAUAUGGAACGAUACAGUUAGCAACUUGACUCUUAUGGCAUUAGUCUGGGAGAAGAAUAUUGUUUUGUUACUUGAAUUAGCCGUAAAUUGA